AUGAAAUGUGUGGGUAACUUGAAGUUUUACUUGCAUUUUAACAGUGAAAGCAAGUUGAGUACAUUGGUACAGAAGCUUCAUGAUUUCUUGGCACACUCGUCGGAAGAAUCUGAGGACGCAAACUCUCCUCCUGCAUUUGCCAAAAAAAAAACCACAGGUAAAAAUAGCGAACCUGAAAAUAGUCCGACU